CCUCGCCCUUUCUCCUCCCCUCCUCCCCAAACCCCCACCAAUAUAUAUUUAUUAUAAACCCUCUCUUCUCCAUUUCAUCAAACAAGUGGUGUGCGAACCACAACCCUAGAAGACGAGGACGAGGACGAAGACGAAUCAGAGCCAUGAAGUUCCAGAUCGAGGAGGUGACGGUGUACUUCCCCUACGAGCACAUCUACCCGGAGCAGUACGGCUACAUGGUGGAGCUGAAGCGCGCCCUCGACGCCCGCGGCCACGCCCUGCUCGAGAUGCCCACGGGCACCGGCAAAACCUCGGCCCUCCUCUCCCUCAUCCUAUCCUACUCCCUCCACCACCCGCCUCUCAAGCUCCUCUACUGCACCCGCACCGUCCACGAGAUGGAGAAGACCCUCUCCGAGCUCCGCCUCCUCCUCCCCUACCUCCCCCCCAACCGCAUCCUCGCCCUCGGCCUCUCCUCCCGCAAGAACCUCUGCGUCAACCCCCUCGCCCUCUCCGCCGCCUCCCGCGACUCCGUCGACUCCGCCUGCCGCCGCCUCACCGCCACCUGGGUCCGCUCCGCCACCGCCGCUGACCCCUCCGUCCCCACCUGCUCCUUCUUCGAGUCCUUCGACCGCGCCGCCGACGCCGGCCCCGACAACGUCCUCCUCCCCCCCGGCGUCUACACCCUCCAGGACCUCCGCGCCGUCGGCCGCGACCGCGGCUGGUGCCCCUACUUCCUCGCCCGCCGCUUGAUCCCCUUCGCCAGCGUCGUCGUCUACAGCUACCAGUACCUCCUCGACCCCAAGGUCGCCACCAUCAUCUCCCGGGAGAUGCAGCGCGAGUGCGUCGUCGUCUUCGACGAGGCCCACAACAUCGACAACGUGUGCAUCGAGGCGCUCAGCGUCAGCGUCCGCAAGCAGACGCUCGACGGGGCCACGCGCAACCUCAGCCGGAUGGCGCAGGAGAUCGACAGGUUGAAGGCCACCGAUGCGAACAGACUUCGUGCUGAAUACAACCGGCUUGUAGAUGGCUUGGCCCAAAGAGGAAAUCUUCCGAUGACGGAUGCGUGGUUCUCAAAUCCCACCUUGCCUGAUGAUAUUUUGAAGGAGGCAGUACCUGGAAAUAUCCGGCGAGCUGAGCACUUCCUUUCGGUAUUGCGAAGAUUGGUGCAGUAUCUAAAAGGGCGUUUGGAAACGGAGAAUGUUGAGACUGAAGGGCCUGUGGCAUUUGUUUCUUCUGUGAAUUCUCAGGCUGGAAUUGAUCAGAAAAUGCUUAGAUUCUGCUAUGAUCGCUUGCACUCUCUCAUGCUUACGCUAGAGAUAACCGAUACAGACGAAUUCUUACACAUUCAAACUGUUUGUGACUUUGCAACACUUGUCGGAACAUACACACGGGGUUUUUCUAUUAUAAUUGAGCCGUUUGAUGAGAGAAUGCCUCAUAUUCCUGACCCUGUACUGCAGCUUAGCUGUCAUGAUGCUUCGCUUGCAAUAAAGCCCGUCUUUGAUCGCUUCCAGUCUGUUAUCAUAACCUCAGGAACUCUGAGCCCAAUUGACCUCUAUCCUCGUCUCCUGAAUUUUAAUCCUGUCAUAAGUCGGAGUUUUACAAUGUCCUUGACAAGGGAUUGCAUAUGCCCCAUGGUUCUGACUCGUGGAAGUGAUCAGCUGCCUGUGAGUACAAAGUUUGAUAUGCGUAGUGAUCCUGGUGUUGUACGGAACUAUGGAAGACUACUGCUCGAAAUGGUUGCUGCUGUCCCAGAUGGCAUUGUUUGCUUCUUUGUUAGUUACUCUUAUAUGGAUGGCAUUGUUAACAGUUGGAAUGAAAUGGGAAUUCUACAGGAUGUGAUGCAGCAUAAGCUAGUUUUCAUUGAAACUCAGGAUGUAGUUGAAACUACAUUGGCACUUGAUAACUAUCGUAAGGCAUGUGACUGUGGGAGAGGUGCUGUCUUUUUCUCCGUUGCCAGGGGGAAGGUGGCUGAAGGUAUAGAUUUUGAUCGACAUUAUGGCAGACUUGUUAUAAUGUUUGGUGUUCCUUUCCAAUACACUCUUAGCAGGAUUUUGCUUGCUAGGUUAGAGUACCUGCGUGAGACUUUUCAAAUAAAAGAGGGUGAUUUCCUUACUUUUGACGCAUUGAGACAAGCUGCACAAUGUGUUGGGCGAGUAAUCCGUUCAAAGGCAGAUUAUGGGAUGAUGAUAUUUGCUGACAAGAGAUACAGCCGCCAUGAUAAACGCUCCAAAUUACCUGGCUGGAUACUAUCGCAUUUACGAGAUGCACACCUAAAUCUAAGCACAGACAUGGCUUUGCACAUUGCACGCGAGUUCCUUCGGAGGAUGGCCCAACCGUACGAUAAGACGGGAGGAGGUGUCAAGAAGACACUGUUAUCUCAGGAAGACUUGGAGAGAAUGGGGGAGGAUGCCAUGGAGAUGUUUUAACUUAGAAAGCGCGUUAAAAAGUGCGCGGUGCUACAUAGAAAGCUAGAAAUGAUUAUUAGGUUGUACUAUUUAUUACCCUUUUCUCUUUUUCUUUGUUUUUUCUCCCUUUUGAUUUGAGGGUUGUUUUUUGGGGUGAUAAAGGGUAGCUUUAUUUUGCUUGUUUUGUUUUAGAGGGCCUGGGGAAGUAGCAUAAAUUUAUAUUUAUGUCUUUGUUUCAGCAGUUCUUAUGUAUGUGUUUUUUCUUCUUCUCGGCGAAAGUGGGGUACUUCUGAUGAUCUUUGGCUGUAAUUUUACUGUGCUAUGAAAGGUGGUUUAUCAUAUAACACCUUUCUUUUCUUUUGUUUUUUUUUUUUUUCUUCUUGGAUCUGCUUGUAUAAUACUGCUAUGGGAGAGGCUUGGGAAGUGUUGUUCUUUUGAAACACAAGUUUGUAAGUAAAACUAGUUUAUAGCACUGGGAGUUUCUUUUGAGAUA